CUUUGUGCGUGUCGUGAGGCAGCGCCGCCGUUCCCGCCGCUGGGCAACAGACACCCCCCGCUCCCCCUCCAAAAUAACAAACAACAACAUAAAACAACGCCAAUAACAAAACCAACCCAAAAAACAAACAACAAACACACCGUCUUCCGAAACUACAUUUCCCAGGGUUCCUCAGCUCCCAUCGGCUUCCUGCCCUUCACAUGACGGCUCCGCGGCCGCACCAUGGCGGAAACCGAGGAUAAGGAAGCAAGGUCUAAUGAGGAAUCAACAGAUGAAUCUGAGGAGGAUGAGAGUGAAGAAGAACCUAAGCUGAAGUAUGAACGACUUUCUAAUGGGGUGACUGAAAUUCUCCAGAAGGAUGCAGCCAGCUGCAUGACGGUGCAUGAAAAGUUUUUGGCACUGGGAACACAUUAUGGCAAGGUUUAUUUACUUGAUGUCCAGGGGAACAUCACACAGAAGUUUGAUGUUAGCCCAGUGAAGAUAAAUCAGAUCAGCCUGGAUGAAAGUGGAGAACACAUGGGUGUUUGCUCAGAAGAUGGCAAGGUACAAGUGUUUGGAUUGUAUUCAGCAGAAGAGUUUCAUGAGACAUUUGACUGUCCUAUUAAAAUUGUUGCCGUUCAUCCUCAUUUUGUAAGAUCGCACUUCAAGCAAUUUGUAACAGGAGGGAAAAAGCUGCUGUUAUAUGAGAGAGGCUGGAUGAAUAGAUGGAAGCCUUCGGUUUUACAUGAAGGGGAAGGAAAUAUAAGAAAUGUAAAAUGGAGAGGACACUUAAUAGCUUGGGCCAAUAAUAUGGGCGUGAAGAUACUUGACAUGAUCUCCAAGCAAAGAAUUACCAAUGUGCCUCGAGACGACAUAAGCCUUCGCCCAGAUAUGUAUCCCUGCAGCCUUUGCUGGAAGGAUAAUUUAACGCUGAUUAUUGGCUGGGGAAAUUCAGUAAAGAUUUGCUCAGUAAAAGAACGGCAUGCCAGUGAAAUGCGUGACCUUCCAAACCGCUAUGUGGAAAUAGUUUUCCAGUUCGACACAGAAUUCUAUAUCAGUGGACUUGCACCUCUGUGUGACCAGCUUGUUAUACUUUCAUACGUAAAGGAGAUUUCUGAAAAAACGGAAGUGGAGUGUUGUGCAAGGCCUAGACUGGAUAUUGUACAACCCCUACCUGAGUCUUGUGAAGAGAUCUCGUCUGAUGCACUAACAGUACGAGGAUUUCAGGAAAAUGAAUGCAGAGAUUAUCAUUUAGAAUAUUCGGAGGGUGAAUCACUUUUCUAUAUCAUCAGCCCAAGAGAUGUGGUCGUGGCUAAAGAGCGGGACCAAGAUGACCACAUUGACUGGCUUCUUGAAAAGAAGAAAUACGAAGAAGCUUUGAUGGCAGCUGAGAUCAGUCAGAAAACCAUAAAAAAGCACAAGAUUUUGGACAUUGGCUUAGCCUAUAUAAAUCACCUAGUGGAGAAAGGAGAGUAUGACCUGGCCGCUCGAAAGUGCCAGAAAAUUCUUGGCAAAAACACAGAACUCUGGGAAUUUGAAGUUUACAAGUUUAAAGAAAUAGGUCAGCUUAAGGCAAUUAGUCGUUACUUGCCCAGACGUGAUCCAAUUUUGAAACCUCUGAUCUACGAAAUGGUCCUACAUGAGUUUUUGGAGAGUGACUAUGAGGGGUUUGCAACCCUGAUAAAAGAGUGGCCUGGAGAUCUCUACAACAACACAAUCAUAGUUCAAGCUGUAGUGGAUCACCUGAAGAAAGAUCCACAGAACAGGACUUUGCUACGAACACUUGCAGAAUUGUAUACUUACGACCAACGCUAUGGAAGAGCCCUAGAAAUUUACCUAACGCUAAGGCACAAAGAUGUCUUCCAGUUAAUCCACAAGCACAAUCUUUUCAGUUCUAUCAAAGACAAAAUUGUUCUGCUCAUGGAUUUUGAUUCAGAGAAAGCAGUAGACAUGCUUUUGGAUAACGAAGAUAAAAUUUCCAUUGACAGAGUCGUUGAAGAAUUAGAAAACAGGCCUGAGCUACAGCAUGUGUACUUGCACAAACUUUUCAAGAGAGACCACCAUAAAGGCCAACGAUAUCAUGAGAAACAGAUUAGCCUUUAUGCAGAAUACGAUCGUCCAAAUUUACUACCAUUUCUCAGAGACAGCACGCACUGUCCGCUGGAGAAGGCUCUUGAGAUCUGUCAACAGAGGAACUUCGUAGAAGAAACAGUCUAUCUUCUGAGCAGAAUGGGUAAUAGCCGGAGUGCCUUGAAGAUGAUAAUGGAAGAAUUGCAAGAUGUAGAUAAAGCUAUUGAAUUUGCCAAGGAACAAGAUGAUGCAGAGCUUUGGGAAGACCUCAUUUUGUAUUCUAUCGACAAACCACCUUUUAUUACUGGUUUGUUGAACAAUAUUGGAACGCAUGUGGAUCCCAUUCUUCUGAUCCACCGCAUUAAGGAAGGCAUGGAGAUUCCUAACUUGAGAGACUCACUAGUGAAAAUUCUUCAGGACUACAACUUGCAGAUCUUGCUGCGGGAGGGCUGCAAGAAGAUACUCGUUGCUGAUUCUCUUUCUUUACUGAAGAAAAUGCAUCGAACUCAGAUGAAGGGUGUUCUGGUAGAUGAGGAGAAUAUCUGCGAAUCGUGCCUGUCUCCAAUACUUCCUUCAGAUGCAUCCAAGUCCUUCAACGUGGUUGUGUUCCACUGCAGACAUAUGUUUCACAAAGAGUGUCUCCCGGUAUCUAACACAGUAUCUCCUGUCCAGUUCUGCAACAUAUGCAGCGCCAAGCACCGAGGGCCAGGAAGCGCAAUCCUGGAGAUGAAGAAAUAGGAGUCCCCUAGUUCUCCGUGCCAGUCUGUGACACCAACUAUUUUAGGACCAUGCAGAGCCACUGUAGUUUGUUAGUCAUCAUCUCUGUAUAUAAUUCUGAUUGUGAUUUAAAACUGGUUUCUAUAAGUUGUCCAGCUGAUGGAACAUUUUCAGGAAAGUGAAAAUGUGAAAACCUUUCCCUAGUAAGUCUUUGUUGUGCAACGCAUAUAUCACUGUUCCUUUGCUCAGCUUGUUACCUAACUCUGGAACAGAAAAGAGAAAUAAAAUGGGAAGGAAAAAAAGUUUGGAGAUUUGUGCUUGCUAUCAGUUAAUAUUCUUUACAGUUUGGAGCCAUAUCAGGCUCAUUGUUAGUUAUCGUGAAGAAAGAUGAAUUGCCAUGAAUUCUGCUCACCAAACUACUUCAGUCCUGAUUUAGUCUGUUAGUGAACUGUUUAACUUGAGACCCGUGGGAGCCUGGCUGCUUUCAAUGGAACUGCUUCAGGACUUGAAGCUGGAGGUGUGCUAGCUCAUACAUUAAAUUAACAAACUCACUAACUGUUAAUUCCACGCGUUAGCGAUUUACCUUGGUUUGUGGUAAACUGAUUAUUUUCUCAAUUCAUCUUCACAAUGGAACAGUUUAAGGUGGGCUUUUCUCAUGUUAAGCUCAUCCAGAAACUUUAUUUUUGAAUGUCAGCGGUAGGUCUUUACACUUACUUUGCAAGUGUGGUUGUAGUGUAUGAUUUCAUUUAAGGACUGGGGAAAAAAAAAAUCUGACCUUUCAAAGAUAAGAUCUCUAGGAGUCUAUUUUGGCCUUAGCAAUUUAAUGGCUGUUAAAUAAAUCUAUUUGGAUGUUAACAAAUCCAAGGGAGGUGAUAAUGUUCUCUGAUUAAAUAUAAGCAACUUUUCUCUAAGAAAAGUAAUUUUUCAGAACUCCCAAGAUAAUUUUCCUCUUUUUAAUGACUGGAGUUUGAAAGUAAAAAUAUAUGGGUUUACUAUCAAACUGUGAAAUUUAAACAAGUACUUAAAAUAUGAGUUCUGAAGCAACAGUAUAGUAAUACUGCAGCGUAUCUUUAAAACUGGAAAAUGUAACACCUAUAAGAUAUUCUGCAACUUGCUCUCAUGUAGGCACAUCUUAAAAUAAUUUAACGUAUAGAAACCUGGAUUUCUAGUUAGUGUAAAUUCAUGACACUCUUUUCAUAUCCUCCGCGCAGUUAGCUGAGCUGGUCUAGCGAUCCGAAGAGUGAUUUUUGUUGUCCUCUGUGUAGGUCGGUAUAACAUUGGAAUAAAAUUUUAAGUGCAUUAGGAUUUACUCUGCAUGAUUACAGAAGCAAAAUUAUCAUUAAAAGGAUAGAUUUCAAAAACAUAGCAAUUGUAUUGUGAUAAUACAGACAUCUGGGGAAGAAACAAAAAGUGGUGCAGAUUGUUUAUGGACGUGCAGUAGAUGAAAUGACGGAAGGGCAGAAGCUUCGUAAUGCAGAGCAUAAUCUGUAUACGUCAGGCUUCAUCCAUAAGAAUUACUGCCUGGCUUUGUAGCCGUUCAUUUUCAGCAGCUAGUACAGAUUCUCAGGUAUAUUGUUCAUUUAUUCAUUCUUCACUACACUGUUCAGGAAAGCCGUUUUGAUUCCUAGUAAACUAAAUGCUCCAGUGAGCUCAAGGGCUGUUUCACCAUGAUAUUUGAGCUAUUGCAUCCCUGUAGACAAGUUUAGAAACUCCUUAAAAACACUCUUUCUCAGUAGCUUUAAGCAGCUUUUCUAUAUUAUACCCUGAGAAUGCACUGUGCAAAGCCAUAAGCUAUCAGCUUGCAGGAGGAAAAAGUCAAAUUACUCCUAUACAGUUAUUUCAAAAAGUGUUCCGUAGCUCGGAGUUAUAUGAUAAUUUAAAGCAGGUAUGUUGUUUACUUCAGAUUGGCCUUAAAUUCCAAAAAGCAUUUGAACAGUCAGUGACUCAGUUUGCUACCCUGCCAUCACCGGCAAUUGCAUUGCAUUAUACCCUGGCAUAUUCUUUGCAUUAUGCAAGUCAUUUAAAAUCACUGUAUGAAAAUCUAAUCAAAAUCUUCUAUAAAUCCAAAGCUUCUUUCAUUUGGUCUUCAGGGACUACCCUUUUCAUGUUCCCAGAUUCUAAAUUUUCUCAUUAAGAUUCAGCAAGAAAUGUGCAGUCCUGACUUUGAUUCACUUUUCUUCCUAAGAAACCUUCACAUCAUAGAAAAUGUCUGAGGUUAGAGUCUAAAAUACUAAAUAAAUACUAAAUACUAAAAGCUACCCAAGAGCUUUUCUUCUGGAGAACAGUUCUGCCUAAGAAGUAGUCUUAAAGUUGCACCUUUCAGAAAAGGACAAAAUAGCACUUACCCAUUUUCACCAGAGCUCAUUUAAGUUGUCAAUCCAUUUAUCAAAGUGCUUGUUCUUAUAACUAAGGUAAAAUUAAGGUAAAUUGAACAAGGGAAGUACUGUUGUUUUCACUGAUCCAUCCAGUUCUGUAUAAUUUCUUCAAUAGUGGCCAAUAAAGCUAACUGAAAGGAUAUGUGAUAGAUCAA